AUGAGCACCGAGGCUCUGAGUCGAGAGAAAUCCAUUACCUUAGGCCCCGAGAAAGGUUCAUUGCUGACUUUGGACUAUGGAUCGGAGGUUGCUGGAUUUCCCUACUUCCAAGUUUCGCAAUUGGAUGGGCCUGUCCAGAUUGAAGUCAAGUAUACCGAACAGUUUGACGGGUUGAACCAUGUUUGGGCUGAUGGCCCUUACUACAUGGCGAGCGGUCUUUCUAACACAUUCCGCGUUGAGACGUUCAACAUAACAGAGCCAGGAACAGUCAAAUCCUACUUCAUUCAAGGAGGACAGCGAUGGCAGUCUAUCAAACUGUUAACCAAAGGGCAUGUCACGUUCGAAGAAUUUGGAUUUAUACCGACAAUCGACCAUGUUGAUCUUGAAGAUCUUCCAUCAACUUUCAGCAGCUCCAAUCCAACAUAUAAUGCUAUUUGGAAGCUCGGUGCCAAUGCAGUUACAGCUGCGUGUUUUGAUGCAAACUCUCAGACUUCUACUUGGGAUAUCACCGCAGAUGGAGCAUAUAUCCGCGGCCAAAAGCCAGCUGUUAGUGCUGCUGGAAAUUCAUUCAGUGAUUAUACUCUGAGCUUUUCAAGCAAGAUAGUUCGUGGAGGCACCGGCUGGUCGAUUUCCCAGGCUUUUGGAGGAGAGGGUAUCUUGCUUCUUUUAGUCUCUAACUUGCCAAACGAAACAUCUUAUGUCAACACAAAUCGAACUCUGACCCCACCAAGCUCGAUCGUCGUGGCAUCUGGAUGGGGCUUUGUUAACCAGACUACUCUGGAUAGCCAAGCUGUCGGAAGCUUCCUUGUUCCGUUUGAAAUUCAGGAAGGAAAGUGGUAUGAUAUUUCGACUACUCUCUUGAAUGGGUCACAGCUGUCUGUCUGUAUUCAAGGAAGCCAAGUACUCAACAUCUCACUUGCCGAUUAUGGUGUUUCCGAGCAAAGUGCGGGUGGCUGGGGAUUCGGUCCCUACCAAGACCAGAUUGCACUUGUCAGGAAUGUGAACGUCCACGCAAAUAAUGGAACCCUUCUUUAUCAGAACGACAUGAAAUCUUCCGGUAGUCUUUCCGAAUAUGGUGUUCAACCUAAUACGAAGGCAUUAUGCUUGGAUGGAGCCAAGCGAGACCGUUUGGUUUGGAUGGGAGACUUUUUCCAUACAAGUAGAAUCAUUCCUGCCUCCACAUCUCGCUGGGAUCAUAUCCGUGGGACCUUGGAUUAUCUACUGGAAACACAAAUAUCGACAGGCCAAUUAAAUAUGGCCCCGCAAAUUGGUUAUAAACCCUCUUCUCUAAAAGCGACCUCCGAAUUCUACGACGGUCUUGAAGACUAUCAGGUCUUAGGAGUCUUGGCAUUUACUGGAUAUUUCCAACGCAGCCGGGACGUUUCUUGGGCACGAGAGGUCUGGCCCUCAUUCAAAAAGCAAAUAUCGUGGAUUAUCAACCAAAUCGACAGGGAAACACGUCUACUGGGCUUUGGUGGGUUCCUCGGCGACGCCAAUGGGACUGCUAUUAGUGCGGCUGUCGUUCAGUGUUUGAAAGAGGCUAGCAUUGUGGCGGACGAAUUGCAAGACUCGAGUAGUGCGAAUAAGUACAGAUAUAUUGCGAGAGAAGUGUCUGAAGCAAUUAAUGCACGCCUCUGGAAUGAUGAAGUGUCGGUCUAUUCACACAGCGUGUCAUCAAAUACCAGCUAUGGGGUUUUAGAUAUCGCAUUCGCAAUAACUUCAGGUGUGGCGGAUGGGAAAAGGGCCACUGCAUCACUAGACAAGCUCUCCGCUCUUAAGCUCGCUCCUGGAUAUAAGGAUAUAUCAACAACCAACGACUCAUCUGCCGACAUCUCUCCAAAUACGAAUGGCUUCUUGUUAGAAGCUGCCAUGGUAGCGAACGACACAUCUACUGCUAAAUAUCUGUUGGAUAACCUGUGGGCAGCAAUGCUUGACAAUAGAUACGCCAGCGGAGCGUCUUGGGAAUAUGUUGGUCAGAAUUUAUCUCCCGGCUUAAGUCUUUUUACAUCUCUUAGCCACCCAUGGGGUGGUGCAGCAACAUAUGUUCUGACAGAGCACAUCGCGGGAAUUCGUCCAGCUACCCCCGGAUAUAAAUCAUGGCUCAUUCAACCUGCUAUCAAAGGUUUCGAUCUUGACUGGGCCUCUGCCACGGUAAUGACUCGCUAUGGACCGUUAUCUGUCAAGUGGGAGGUUAUGGAGACAAAAAUCCAUUUGAAUGUCACCGCUCCACAAGGAACAUCAGGCAAAAUACAGCUUCCGGUGGGAUGCAAGAGCAAGAGUGUGGCCGUCAACGGAAUUACCUCGUCUUACAAGAACGGUGUACCUUUAAAGAGUGGAACCUCUGUUGUUACAUUCCAGCUCAGUUGA